AGUUCUUUUUGACAAAAACGAAGGAAAAACUCCAAACCCAUCUCUCUCUCUCUCUCUCUCUCUCUCUUUCUCUCUCUUCUUGCUGUGCUGCGUGUCUCUGUGACCAACCAAAUCAUUAUAAUAAACGCCAGCAAAUGUUGGUCGUUCUGGAAUCUGCCUUUUCUUGUUUUGUUAAACCAAACCCUUCUCCCAUCUAAGGUUGUCUUGCGUCUCUCUCUCUCUCUAUUCCUAGUCCUCCCACCCGACGCCAUAUAAUCGUGCCCCCCUCUUUCGAUCCGUCGGAAGAGAAGAGAACCCACCUGUACUUUCUUGGGUUUUGUCCCUCCCUUUGAGUCCAGCGCGAGCAUUCUUGGUUUUCUUGGCUUGGUGUUGGGUUAUUGAUUUUCUCUUCUUUUUCUGGGAGAGAUGAGAGUGGAGGGUGGUGGGGAUAACAGCAGGCAUGCGGACCCUUUGUGACGCCUGCGAGAGCGCUGCCGCGGUCGUCUUCUGCGCCGCCGACGAGGCUGCUCUAUGCAGUGCCUGCGACGACAAGGUGCACAUGUGUAAUAAGCUAGCUAGUCGGCAUGUCAGGGUUGGCCUUGCGAGUCCCAGCGAUGUUCCUCGCUGUGAUAUAUGCGAAAAUGCACCUGCUUUCUUCUAUUGUGAGGUAGAUGGAACCUCGCUUUGUCUGCAAUGCGAUAUGAUUGUUCAUGUUGGAGGCAAAAGAACGCAUGGAAGAUACCUUCUAUUAAGGCAGAGAGUUGAGUUUCCGGGGCAUAAAUCUGCACACAGUGAUGACCAGGCUUUGCCAUUGGUGGAUCAAAAUGACAAACGAGUGCAAAAUCAGGGCCCUAUAGUUAUAUCAGGGGAGAAUCAUCAAAACCAUAGACCAUCCAGUGUUGAGGUGCCUGAUGCUGAUGCUGAUGCUGAUGGGCAUGGCAAGAUGGAUUCAAAAAUGAUUGAUCUGAAUAUGAAACCCCAUAGAAUGCACGACCAAGCUUCCUAUAAUGAGGUUAGCGAGUAAUAAUGAAUAUGCAUUUCUCGGAUGUGAUAUUGGAUUCUGCACAUUAGUUUUUGUUAAUAUUCCCUGUGACUGGCUUUUGACAUCUUGCAAGUGUGUAAUUAGUAACAAAAGGGGGAGGCACUGGCCUAAAUCUGUGAUAUGUUGUCUCAUGAGAAGUGUGGUCAUAUUGGUGUUGGUAAUAGUUGGAAGAUUAGUCAUGAUACCUGUAGUCGGAGAGUUGAUGACAUUUUUCUGCACAUUUGUGUGAUGUUCGCUCUGUGUUUUUUUGGGGGUAUGGUUAGUUAAAUAAAUGUGUUUGCAAGAGGACGGUCACAAGCAUUGAUGCAAGUCACACAACAGAGGUCUUAUGUAAAGCAAGAGGGGGUUGCAGAAGCAGUCGAUGGCUAUAAGUUGAUUUCUCUUAAAAUCUAUUAUGAAGGUGAAAUACUGAGCUGGAUCCUUGUUUCUGGUAUGAACUGACCAGUAAGAGAUGUCUUUUUGAGGAAAACAUCUAUGAAACUCCAGUUUUUCAUGGGUAUUCUGAAGAUCUGAAAAUGGCGAUGCUAGUCGGAAGAAUGAAUGCUUAAUUGGUCUUAGUUCUUACUCAAAGGGUGCUAGUAAAAUGUGUGAGCCAUUUGAAUUUAUAUUGAGACUUAAUUCUUCCUAGUUCAGACUGAAAAGCUGGCAGCAUGACUCAAGUUUCCUGUUUUGGAAGCACCAGUUGAUAGUAAUGACUUAGUCAAAUCUUCACUCA